AUGUCUGCUGGUCGGGCCCAACCAGGCAGCCUGUACAAGCUUGCAAUUCUGGGCGACGGUGGUGUCGGCAAAACGGCACUCAGCAUUCAGCUCUGUUUGAAUCAAUUUGUUGAGACCUACGACCCUACUAUUGAGGACUCUUACCGCAAACGUAUCGUGCUCGACGGGCAGCCCACCACCCUCGAGGUUCUGGAUACGGCUGGUCAGGAGGAAUACACAGCACUGCGGGACCAGUGGAUUCGCGAUGGCGAGGGAUUUCUGCUGGUUUAUUCUAUCACGGAGCGCAAUGCCUUUUCGCGCAUCAAGCACUACUAUAAUCAAAUCUUACGAGUCAAAGAUGGCGAGCCUUUCGGCGCUGUGCUGGUCGGCAAUAAGUGCGACCGCACAGAGGACCGGGCUGUGUCCGUCCCUGAGGGUGAGCGUCUGGCCAAAGAACUGAACAUUCCAUUCUACGAGACAAGUGCCAAGCUCAACAUCAAUGCCGAGAAGGCGUUUCUUACUGCGGCUCGCUUGACGCGCGACACUCGCAAUGCCGAGUUUGAGGGUUCCCAGCACUAUGAUGAGCACCACGACGCUAAUGAGCAGCUUGCAGGAGCUGCAAUUGUCCCAGAUUCCGCACCUGCUGCCCCCGCGGGCACCGAGGGUGCUGUGGCGGCGGAUUCGACUGUUUCAGCUGCUUCAGCUGCCGUCUCCGGUAUCGCAGCAGGUGCUCCUGCUCCCGCUGCUGCCACAAGUGCUCCGCCUGCCGCUGCGAUCCCUCAAAAAGAUCCCCAGACCAAAGCUCAGCCCAAUAGUGCCUCUGCGUCCUCAGAACGCCCCGAUUCAGGAUCGCGUAGAAAGAAGCGCAAGUCUAAGAAGUGCACAGUUAUGUAG